CUCUCCUGCCCACGCGUGCUCCAUGAGAUUCUUUUUAACCGCGCAGCCAAACACCUGCUCUGGUCGGCGUUACAUCAACAGAGUGGUUUAACAAGCAGAGGGAGUGGACAGUAGGCUAAGCUUGGCACAUCUCGAAGGUUUGUUUCAAAGGUGGUCAGUUGCAUGCCGAAUUGCGGCCGCUCUAAAUUACUAGAGGCGAUCAUCGAGCGAUGGCGGAGUGCGGGAGAAAGGCGCUGUCACUUCUAGAAGCGGCCCGUUCCCGCUACGAGAGCUUGCAAAUUUCAGACGAUGUAUUCGGGGAGUCGGGCGACGACAGCAGCGACAACCCUUUCUACAGCACCUCGGCUGAUUCCAAUUCGGAUAACUACACCACGGAAACCAACGCGGAUGAUGUCCGGGCAGGUGAUACAGGGAGCAGUCAGAACUGCGGUCCCCCCGGCUCCGUCUCCAGCACGCAGGCAGAGGAAGAGGGAUGGAGCGACGUGCUGCAAGACAUAAGCUUGCCCUCCUAUAAGGACACACAUGGGCCAACACAAAGGAUGCCCGCCACUGCCACCGCCAUGGACUUCUUCCAGCUGUUCGUGCCCGACAACGCCAUCCAGAACAUGGUGACCCAGACCAACAUGUACGCCAAGAAGUACCAGGAGCGCUUCGGCAGCGACGAGGGCUGGACGAGCGUGACGCUGCCCGAGAUGAAGGCCUUCCUGGGCUUCGUGACGUCCACCAGCGUCCACCGCUGCGAGUCGGUGCUCAGCAUCUGGAGCAGCGGCUUCUUCAGCAACCGCAGCAUCGCGCUCAAGAUGAGCCAGGCACGCUUCGAGAAGAUCCUCAAGUACUUCCACAUCGUGGCCUUCCGCUCCAGCCACGGGAGUAGCCAGGGCCUCUACAAGAUCCAGCCUUUCCUGGACUCGCUGCAGCAGUCCUUCGGCUGCGCUUUCCGCCCCUCCCAGACACAGGUAAUCCACGAGCCUCUGAUUGAUGAGGACCCCGUCUUCAUCACCACCUGCACUGAGCGGGAGCUCCGCAAGAGGAAGAAGCGGAAGUUCAGCCUGUGGGUGCGCCAGUGCACGUCCACGGGCUUCAUCUGCCAGAUCUCGGUCCAUUUGAAAGAGGGCCCUGGGCCGGACGGCCUGGACACUCUGAAGAACAAGCUUCAGCUCCACAGUCUGGUGGCCAAGCAGCUGUGCCAGAGCCUGUCCGGCCGCAACUCCGUCAUCUUCACCGGACCCAGCAUCACCAGUCUCAACCUCUUCCAGGACUUUGAGAAACAGGAGAUCUACUGCUGCGGCCUGCUGAGCACCAAGAAGAGCGACUGCACCGGCCUGCCCCAGUCCAUGCUGAUCAACGCGGACGGCCCGCAGGCCCGAGGCCAGUCCCGCACCAUGAUGAAGGGCGACAUGUCCCUCAUCAGCUGGUACAACAAGGGCAACUUCAGGUUCCUCACCAACGCGUACUCGCCCACCAAACAAGGGGUGAUCAUCAAGAGGAAAAGUGGGGAGAUCCCGUGUCCACUCGCCGUGGAGGCCUUUGCAGCGCACCUGAGCUACAUCUGCAAAUACGACGACAAGUACAGCAAGUACUUUAUCUUCCACAAACCUAACAAGACUUGGCAGCAGGUGUUCUGGCUAACCAUCAGCAUUGCCAUCAACAACGCCUACAUCCUGUACAAGAUGUCCGACGCGUACCACGUCAAGCGCUACAGCAGGGCGCAGUUCGGUGAGAGGCUGGUCAGAGAACUCCUGGACUUGGACGACUGCUCACCCACGCAGUAGAAGUCUCUCCACUGCACCGUCUCUCUCCUAACACCCACACCUAUACACACACCAUACGUGCAUAACAUACACACACACUGUGUCACACACACAAACCCCACACAGCACACAUAUACACUGACAUCUGACCUCACAUAGACUCUAUUAUGUCAAAAGCGAAAAAUGUUUGCGCCUCUUCGCUCACUACGGAGGCAUUCACCUUGUGAUUGUCAUCAGUUGUCUAAACCCGAGCCGUGCCAAGUCCGGAUGGCGUCGUCGGGCGGCGGACUGAUCGCAGAACAGCAACGGAACCACUCUGUACCCAAGACCCCAUCUGGCAGACAGCAGGGCUCCAGUGUACAUACAGUACAGUAGUGCACUGCGUCUCAACGUCUUUCCCCACUACCGUAGUGUCCCUGACUGCAUGCUCAAGAUAAAGACCCCCCUCCCUUCAUGCGUGCUGUGCUAUGUGCCCUUGUUAACGUGCAAUGAUCGUCUUCGAAAAAAAGUGGAGUCCCGUGGUGUUCGUUAAUCACACACACUGUAGCUGCGAGGAGGAGAACAAGUGGGCAGGAAAAAAAAACAAAAGAGAACAGCCAUC